CAUAAUUCCAUAAACUCAUGUUUAAGCACGUACUCGUAAAGUCGUACUAUACUACUAUCCUUCUCAUUCCCUAAACCAGUACUCUGUAAUCCUCAACACUUGAUUUUACCGCUUAUUCUCUCUCUCCAAAAUUCAAAUUUGAAAAAAUAAACACGUUACACUUCAAAGUUCAAAUCCAUACAAUCAUUCAGACAAACUCCUCCCAAAUCCGAUUAUCAUCCAUAAAAAAGCGCCCAGUAAAACUUCCGACGCCAUUUUCUUCAUCAUCUUCAACAAUGGCGUCUGAAAAUCGGCAGCCGCCAUCUCCAUCCCCUAACAUUCCUUCAUUUCCUUCUUCUUCUUCCUCACUCUUCAAAGACAUUUCCAAUUUCAAAACCCCAAAACCCAAAACCUCUUCUUCUAGAAUCUUCCAAUCUUCUACUCCCAGAUUCUACACUGCUUCCAAACAAAUGCAAACCCCUUCAUCUUCUCUCUCCUCCUCCACCGCCCGCCGUCGUCGCCGCCCGUCUUCACCGGCUGCGAGUAAACUCCGGCAGUUCGAGCUUGAGGUGGCGCAGUCGUCGCGGAAGGAGGAAGUUAAGAAGGAGAGAUCGAUGAAGUCUUUAGGCAAGUCGCUCACUGCUUGGCUCAAUUUUUUGUUUGAAAACCCUAGGUCUUGCGGUUGCGACGAAGGCGGCGCCGGCGACGGAGGAGGAGGCGACGCCGCCGGUGAUGGUGGAAGGAGAGGAGGGAAGAGAGAGAAUGUGUUUGGUGGUGGUGUUGGCGGUGGUUGGAGGUUGCCGAAGAGGCAGAGGGAGGAAGGGGGUGGUUUCAUGGAGGAGGAUCGCCGGGAGGUUUUGAGUUCGAAGAAGAGGUUCGGGUUUUUGUGGAAGUCGUUACGAGAGGUUUGUAGUUUUGACGAUUUGGAGGUGAGGAUGAGGGAGUAUUUGAGUUUGGAGGGGUGUAUGGAGGUUUUCACUGCAAUGUCUCAAGUUGCUAAGAAUAUUGAUGAAGGCAGGCUUAAAAUGAAGGCACAUUGUCCCAUAGUCACUGAUGUUGGAAUAAGAGAGAAGGCUAUCAAAGUUCUUAUGAGCUACAAUCCAGUUUGGCUUCAGAUUGGACUGUACAUUAUCUUUGGUGGUGACUCUUUGUUGCCUAAGGAAGAUUCUAGUAGGGAAGACGAUAUUGCAUUCCUGAAGAUGGUGAUUGAGAAACAGUUGUUCUCACAUGCGGGUCUGGCAAAAACUUAUGCAUAUAAUAAGUUGGUUGAUGGCAUAUACAGGCCAGGGUACUUCGAAACUCUAGGCAAUGUCAUAUUAAAGAGAUUUUUGUUGCUUGUUCUUAUACUUGAUAGAGGUAAAUGCCAGAGUAGCUUGCCUAUCAAAUAUGGUAUUGAUGGGCUAGAUGGUGGUUCUCCCUUGUUGUUCAAUGUGAAAUCUAACAUCAAAUCAAGUCGACAAUUGAUAAACGAUUUCUUAUCAUCUGAAGUCAUGCAUGGAGAGGGUAAUCUACUUGCACAUCUAGUGAUUUUGGGGUACAAAGUAUCAUACCAACAGAAUCCUCUCAUUGAGUAUGACUUCAGAAUUACAGAUCUAUUUCAAGAUAUUCAGGAUGGUGUGAGGCUAUGUCGAGCUAUUCAGCUCUUACAACAUGACUCCUCUAUUCUACUGAAAGUGGUGCUUCCAUCAGAUACUAAUAAGAAGAAAUUGGCAAAUUGUCGCACUGCGCUGCAAUAUCUCAAGCAGGCAGGUGUUCCCCUGCUUGAUGAUGAUGGUACAAUGAUAGUCGGAGAGGAUGUUGCUAAUGGAGACAAGGAACUUGUGCUUUCCUUGUUGUGGAAUGUAUUUGUUCAUCUGCAGCUACCUCGACUUGUAACUAAGAAGAUUUUGUCAGAGGAAAUUCCUAAAAUCAGUCAAGCUCAUACUGAACUCAUGGAUGUAGAUACGAGUAAUCAUUUAGAUAUGCUCCUACACUGGAUGAAGGCAAUCUGUGGAAACUAUGAUGUCAAGAUGGAAAGUCUGUCUUCAUUGGUUGAUGGGAAAGCUAUGUGGUGCCUGCUGGACUUCUAUUUCCGGAAGGAACUUCAUUGUUCUUGUUCAAUUAAGGACCUCAAUGAUACAAAUGAAGGAUCAAUUGUGUCUAUGCGAGAUACUUCAGAUGCAGUACACAACUUUGUCUUAUCUCAGAAGUUGACAACAUUGUUGGGAAAUUUUCCUGAGGUCUUGCAAAUAUGUGACAUACUUGAGUACAAUGGCGCCUGUAAUGACAGGAGUGUGAUCAUAUUAUUGGUCUUCUUGUCCUCCCAAUUGCUUGUCAAGAAAAGUAAGGAUAAACUAAACUUCCACAAGCUCAUGGGAUGCCAGUGCCAAAAUCCAGAGAGGAAAAGGUGGUCCAUGAGUUCCGAAACUACAUGGCAUAAAGAAAGGGAACGGUCUGCUGGAGAUGAUGGAAUGAAGUUUAAAGCAGUCCAGGCCUGGUGGCAAGAAAUGGCCAAACGAAAUAGUGAUGGCGUUAAUCAAUCAGAUGCUCUUGCUAUCCUGCUCCCCUCUGCUGAAAAUUGCAUCUUUGAAAUUUGGAAAGUGAAUGCUGCUUUAAUUAUACAGAGCCAUGUCAGGAGAGUGGUUGAACGCAAGAAAUAUUUGAAGAUGAAGCAAUCAGCGCUGAAAAUUCAGCAUGCUUGGAAGCAAUUCCUUGCCAGUGAGUACUGGCAGACUCGGUUUUCAGCUGCUACUAUCAUUCAGAGGCAUGUGCGUGGCUGGAUACUCAGAAGAAGAUUCCUGAGGCAAAAGCAAGCGGCUCUUCAGAUUCAAAGUGUUCUUCGCUCCAUGAGAUAUUUGAAGGCUUUUCAUGAAUAUAGUAUAGCAACCAAAUCCGCUAUCAUAGUUCAAUCUCAUGUUCGGGGGUUUAUUGCUCGUAGAGACGCUUGUAGACAUAGGAACUGCAUUCUUCUGGUGCAAAGUUAUUGCCGUUGUUGGUUGGCUAGGACAAGCUUUCUUCGUAAAAAAGAAGCAGCAUUAAGAAUACAAAAUGCCUUUAGGGUUAAGAUGUGCCGGUAUGCAUUUCAUCGCAAUAGGGAUGCUGCAACUGAAAUCCAACGCCUUAUCAGGGGAAAGAUUUCACGAAAUAGACUCUUAGGUUCUUCCUCCCUUCGUGUAGCUGCUUCUGGUCACACUACUCUUACUUCAAGCUACAGGUCAUACAGCACUGAAUUAAGUAUAGUUUUAGAUGCAAUUGUGAAGCUGCAAAGGUGGUGGAAAAGCGUUUUAGAAUACAAAUUGAGAAAAGAAGCAGCAGUCGUUAUUCAGUAUUAUAUUCGUGGAUUUCUCAGUCGGCAAAAAGCAAUUAAAGAGAGACGUCAUGCCAUUACUAUUCAAGCACACUGGAAGGGCUACCUUGCAAGGAAACAUGCAAAAGAGCAACUUAUUGAUCUGCGCUUGAGAAUACAGAAGUCUGCUGCCACUGUAGAAGAUAGAAUGCGUAUUAUGAAUAGACUAAUAGCAGCACUAAAGGAGCUAAAAAGCAUGAAAAAUGUUAGCGGCAUACUUCAUAAUUGUGCAACUCUGAACAUGGCAACUACACAUUCUCAGAAAUGUUGUGAGCGGCUUGUAGAAGAAGGAGCAAUCGAAAUUUUGCUGUAUCAAAUAACUGCAGUCACCCGAAGCAUACCAGAUCAGGAAGUUAUGAAACACUGCUUAUCUACUCUCCGAAACCUUUCAAGAUAUGCACAUUUAGCUGAUGUGCUUGUUGCCCAUCGAGGAUCCAUUGAAACCAUCCUUCGAGAGUUUCUAAGGAACAAGGAAGAAGGCUAUUUCAUUGCUUGUGAGCUAUUGAAGAACUUGUGUACACGCCCAACAAGUGUUGAAGCAACACGCGGUUUGUCUUCCAUGUUGAAGCGACUCCAAGCCCUUGUGGACGAUCUUACCAGAAAAGCCAACCAUGAGAAGAGGAAGCCUCGAGCUGCGGCUGCACGAGACACCACAGAGCGAAGAUUAAGAGAGGCAGUUGAACUGCUGAAUUUGAUUACAUGUGGGCUGAACAGUUCAAGGCCUUAAAAGCAUUAAACUAGUUGUUUAAGAAACCAAGUGCAACUGUAGAAUUUGUUGUAGGACAACUCUAAUUUUUUUUUUUUAGUUUUCUUGGAGGUUCUAUACCACUGCACUAUUUGUGCAUAUAUUAGAAAUUUGUUGAAAGAGUACAAUUAACAAAAAGUUUUAGUGUUCAUAUUUCAGGAAAUCUGCAUUCAUAUGCUGAUAUACUAUGUAUAUAUUUCCUUACCUUUGUUAACCGAAUUCGUAACUUGAUUUAUUAUUGACACUCUUGUCAGCCA